AUGAACGGAUACACGCACUUAGACCCCUUCGACACCGGCACCCUAGCCGUCGGCACAUUGCAUCACCUGCACUACGAACAAUAUGGCAAGCCAGACGGUAAACCAGUCAUCUUCCUCCAUGGCGGGCCAGGCGGAAAAACCUCCAAGGGAAACACCAGCUACUUCAACCCCGCCAUCUACCGUGUGGUCCUCAUGGACCAGCGCGGCUGCGGCAAAUCCACACCAGCCAUCGAACUCCGCGAGAACACCACCCCAGACCUGGUCUCCGACAUCGAGGCCAUCCGCCAGCACCUGGAGAUCGCCAAAUGGCACCUCCUGUUCGGCGGAUCCUGGGGCUCCACGCUCGCGCUGCUCUACGCCCAGGCGUACCCGGACAAAGUCGGUGCCAUGGUCCUCCGCGGCGUGUUCACGACUCGCGCUGCGGAAGUUUCGUGGUUGAACGGCGGGGUUGGCGCAGCGAAUGUCUUCCCCGAGGCGUGGGAGACCUUUGUGAAUUUCUUGCCGGGGAGUCAGCGCCAUGCCCCCGUCGCAGCUUACUACAAGCUGCUGACGGGGGAAGACCAAGCGCUGCGUAUUGCGGCGGCGCGCGAAUGGAAUCGAUGGGAUUUGAGCGUUGGGUCUUUGAUUCCGGAUGAGGAGGGGUUUGCGGCGCUGGAGGAUGAAGAGUGGUCGUUGGCUCAUGCGCUUAUGGAGGCGCAUUAUGCAGUGCAUCAUUUUUGGUUGGAGGAGGGGCAGAUCUUGAAGUCGGAGAAUAUGGCGAAGAUACAGCAUAUUCCUGGAACUAUCGUUCACGGCCGCUACGAUAUGGUUGCUCCUGCGCAGACGGCUUGGGACUUGCAUAAGCUAUGGGUUAAAUCGGAGCUUUUUUGGGUUCCUGAUGGUGGACAUAGUGCGAAGGACCCCCUCACAAGAAUGAGGGUCCUGGAUGCGUGCAACGAAUUUGCGUCCUUGGACUUAUAG